UUUACUUACCCAACUCUGUUCCGAAUGACAGAUAGCGAAUGUAAAACGCUGCAAUUUCUGAAAAUUAGAAUUUAAUUUUGUAUAAAGUACUUAAAUUUUGAUUUAACAGUAAUAGGUAAUUAGUUUGCAGAAUAAUGUCCUCAGAACAUUUAGAGAAAGAUUUAGAUUUAAGUAAUGCAGGUCGAGGUGUUUGGUUAGUAAAAAUUCCAAAAUAUGUAGCUAAUAAAUGGGAAAAAGCUCCAGGACACAUAGAAGUUGGUAAAUUGAAAAUAAACAAAAAACCUGGACAGAAAGCUGAAGUCACUUUGAGUUUGUCUGAAGCUGUGAUGGUAAUGAAAGAUGCAGAGGAAAAAGAAAUUCCAAAAGAACUUAAAUUAGAUGUUUCGAGUGUAACUGGUCAAACACUAGGUGUCUUUUCUCAUAUUCCCAAGUCAGCCACAUCAGAAGAUGUUGUUCCAGAAAUAGAGAAACUUUUCAUGGAAGGAAGAAUAGUUCAAAAAUUGGAUUGUCGUCCAUUUGCUGACAAAGUCUAUAUGAAACUUAAGGAAGAAAGUAUUAAGAAAGCUUCUAUUCCCAGAAGACAAGUUCAACAAUUAGACAGAGUUGUUCAGAAUUUCAAACCUGUGUCUGAUCAUAAGCACAACAUUGAAUAUGCAGAGAAGAAGAAGGCCGAAGGAAAGAAAAUGAGAGGAGACAAGGAAGCAGUCUUGGACAUGUUGUUUGCUGCUUUCGAAAAACAUCAAUAUUACAAUAUUAGAGAUUUAGUGAAAAUCACUCGACAGCCAGUUGUGUACCUGAAAGAAAUUUUAAACGAAGUAUGUAACUAUAAUUUAAAAAAUCCGCAUCGAAAUAUGUGGGAAUUGAAACCAGAAUAUAGGCAUUAUAAAGACGACAAAAAAGUUGGUGAAAGCAGUACCAAAGAUGACUCAGAUUAAAUAAAAAAAUUGCCUUUUCUAGUGACAUAAUAUAUUAAAAAAAAAUGUUAACAAUCCAUUUUCUCUUCUAUAUUCUAGGAAAAAAAGAGAUUAUAAUAUCGUUAUUUUUAUAAGACUGUAAUUAUUAUUAAAGAAAAAAAAAUAUUAAAGAAAAAUAAAUGACCUCUUUUAAAUUGAA